AUGGCUGUUUUACAGAAUCCGAUUCAUUUAUUGAGUCAAAUUCGGAAGAAAUUCCCCGAAGCCGAGAAAGAAGAUUGGAUUCUGAGGCUCGAUGAUACUAAACGGAAGCCUAGUUCGGAUUCGAUAUGUGGCCUGAAUGCAACCGACGUGAUUGGUCGACGGAUUGAUCAACUCUGUGUUAGGGAUGACAAAUCAGUGUUGGACACGCUGCUUGAUUCAGUAGCCGAAUGCAGUGCCGAAUUACGGUUAUGCAUCAAAGAGAAUAUCAUCUCAACUCGUGCACGUACCCUGAAAUCUGCAAAUAACAAUUCCGAUGGAUCGAUUGUGCUCGAAUGUGCUGUUAUUAGAUGCUUGAAGCAUUGCCUGCAAAAGCAAUUCUCGGCACCAGGCGGAUGUUCUAGCGAUAACAACGGUACCAACAACAACGCUAAAUUGAAGAUGUCGUCGAGCAGUGAAUCGCUGAAGUCGUGUGCCAUUGAGGACACCGCUUUGGACAAACGUCGCCAUUCGACACCGUCCGAAACACUCUCGCCGGAGACGCCAUUCGAUGUUCCGCGCUGCGGCAUCGAUGCCAUCUCUCCGGCCACGGCUACGGAAAGUUCCGCCAGCGUUCACUUCGAGACACUCUCACCACCGUCGUCGAUCCCCACCGAAUUG